AUGGUGCGGCGAGUGCGGCUCGGAGUGAUUGUCCCAUCUUCCAACACGGUCCUCGAACCUUUAACGCAGGCCAUAGUUGCAUCAAUCACUGACCCAGACCUAGAGGUGACAGUACACUUCUCCAGACUUCGCGUCACAAAGAUCGAUCUAUCAGGGGAUGCAAGCUUGCAGUUUUCAACUGAGGCUAUGUUAGCUGCGGCCCAGCUACUCGCCGAUGCACAGGUCGAUGUCAUUGGAUGGAGCGGCACUUCUGCGGGCUGGUUGGGGUUGCAAACCGACGACAGUUUGUGCAGGGAGAUACAGAAAGUCAGUGGGAUUCCUGCUACGUCCUCGAUCCUCGCUCUAAACGAGCUGCUCCGAGCUAGCAAGGCCGAGAAAAUCGGUCUGGUUACACCAUAUCUGACCUCGGUGGUGGAUGCGAUUCGCAAGAACUAUGCCGCCAUCGGAUUCCCCAUCGCUCCGGAGAGAGAACGGCAUCUGGUGCUGACGAAGAACUCGGACUUCGGCCUUGUCACAGAGGCUCAGCUCGAUGCAAUGGUCUCGGAGGUUGCAAACCAGGGCGGCGCCGACGUUGUUGCCAUUUACUGCACAAACCUUCGCGGCGCGCGCCGGGCAGCAGCAUGGGAGAAAACACAUGGAAUUGUGGUCCUCGACAGCGUGGCCACAACGGUCUGGGGAAUGCUGAAGAUGGUUAAUGUAUCUCCCGCGUCUGUCAUGGGCUGGGGCUCGAUAUUCAGCCCGCAGCAAUGA